CGCACUUGCACGCCUUGUCUGCACAGCAUUGCUUGAAACGACGGCGGAGAGGGGUUGUCUCUUCUUUGCUGCUGACGCGUGGCAUGUGGCUCAAAGUAGUUCAGGACCAGGCUGCUGUCUGCAACCGGGGCCGCCGGUGAUGCAGACGGCGGGAGAUGAGAUGGUGAGGCAGUUGCGCGCUUGGCAGGAUGCGAGGUGGGUCGUCAAGGCGCGCGUGAGCUGCACGCUACUCAUCUUGGGGCUUGCCUGCGUCGCUGGCUCACAGUUUGCACUGCUCGUGGGCGCGGGCCUCGACUGCGGCAGCGAUACCCACUGCCCCGCAUACCCAGUCACGUGGCUCAUGUUGUGCAUGGGCCUCUGCAUCUGCUGCUACGCCCCGCUCUCUGACGACACCUGGCUCGCUCGGAUGGUACUCAUACUGACCGCGGUCAUCAUGGGGAGCGAAGUGAACUGGGAGUUUUGUUGGAAUCGCGCUGAGGACCCAUGCCCCGUCCUGGGUGGUCUACCUCUCCAGGGGAAUGCCGCAGCGUGUAUCGCGGGGCUUCUCGGCGGAUGCGAUGCUCGUCAGGCGUUCGCAGAGGCGGCAGCCCGGUUUCGCUGCAUCGACCUGUCGAUGAUAACCGAGGAGGAGAUGGCAACUCGCGACCCUGACCCAGUGCUCUUCAAGCGGUCUGUGCAGGUUCCGCUGGGCGAGUGCGAUGCCUUCAUCUCGCAUUCGUGGUCGGACGGCGCGGCGGGCAAGUGGGCCUUGCUGCAGAGGUGGCGCGAAGCUUUCAUCGCCAAGCACGGGCGUGAGCCGAAGGUUUGGAUCGACAAGUGCUGUGCCGACCAGGCAGACAUCGCAGCCUACCUGCGAUGCCUGCCAAUUUUCCUCAGCAGCUGCAGGCCAGCGGGUGAUCACGUUUACCGAUUUCGAUGCCCUUCCUUCGUCUCCACCUUGUUGUGUUUCGGUGUCGCCUACAGCUGGGUUCGCCUCCCAGGCAGAUGUCUGGGGAAUGGCGGUAUCUGUAUCUUUUGUCGAGGGUUCGUGGAGGGGGUGCAGCCCAAGGAGGGAUGGGAGGGUGUUGACGAAUCCAGUUCGAGGCUGAUAUUUUCUUGAUUCAGGGGCUGUCCACUGCGACGUUACUCCAAUCCUCUCUCUGGUCCUUUCCCACCUUCCGCACACCCGUUGGUUGUCCCCCCCCGACAGGGAGAUGGUCGUCUUGUGCGGGCCGACCUACUUUCAACGGUUGUGGUGCGUCAUGGAGCUUUUCACACACUACCGCACCGGGCUUUUCCACAAUAGAUUGACGCUGUUGCCGGUGAUGCGUGCAGGCCAGCACGACGACGUUUGGGCGGCAAUACACGCCGCCGCCAGCUCUUUCGACGCACGGCGCUGCGAGUGCGGGAGCACCAGUCACGGCGACAGAGACAGGUUGAUGGACAUCAUACAAGCCGACGGCAUCCAGGAGUUCAACGCGGCCGUGCGCGCCGUGCUCCUGCGGGCCUUCUCCUCUACACUGGGCUCCGGCGCGACCGCCAGCGCGGAGCCUCGGGCCUGCGCUCGAGCCCGGACUCCUCCGACGCCAGCGACAUCGAUGUCCUCGGGGCGCGGUGAGGCAACGAUCUGAUCGCAACGGGCAUGGGAGGCGCAACCUUUUUUCCAUCUCCCCUCUGUCACUCCUCCUACACGAGGCGGAUGGCGCCAGGAGCGAUUAGCAUAUCAACUCCGAAGCUUCCGUAGGGUAACAACCACUACCGGCUUCCCAUGGAUCACCUCCAUGAUUUUGUUUUUGCCACAGGGUUGCAACUAGUGCUGACCCCGCUUGUACAAUUUCUCUCUCCUUCAGGCGAUUGGGCCCUCGAAGUUACAGAUGCAUUUCAGGCGCACUGUUGUCUUGGAGUGUUUCGGAUGCGGCCCCGAACUUACAGCUCGUUUCGCCACGGGGACUUGAAUUUUGCGAGCGCGUGUGAUUUUGGCCACUUCGUUGUGCUGGCCUCUCUAUUGACCAGUUGAGUUCCCUCUAGGCUUAUGUUGGCGGGUCUCAACGCAGGUCUUGCACACCAGAAUGUGCAUGAGUUGCAGGCGCUUGGUUGUUUUGAUGCGUUUCGGACGCAUUUCUGGCUUGCAGACGCGCAAUCGCCUUGCUCUGUCACGGUUCUGGUCUUGCAGGAACGCAAUUAGACAGUUUUCGUCCAGGUCCCGCAAAUGGUUUCGUUCGAAGAGGUUUGGGGUCAAGUCGAUUUGAGCAAUCGAAGACGUUUACGGCGAAUCAUCUCCGCCCCUUGCCUUCUGGGAUACGCCUUUGCGGCCAAACGUUUGGGCAAAGUUUGGCCACGCUAUUGGGCUCUGCCCCCCCAACCUUCAUGGAAGCCCUUCGGGGAGCACGUGGAGGAAGAAGAGCAGGACUAUGAGAGGGAGA